AUGGCGCCUUCACUGGAACCUUUCUUCAAGCAGGUCGACGACUCGUCGGAGAACUUCAUUGAUCGUCUACGCAAGGCGGUCGCGAUUCCCUCCAUCUCAGCGCAAGAUGAGAACCGCCCUGAUGUGGUCAGAAUGGCCCAGUUCCUGACCGAUGAACUCACUGCUCUCGGAGCCGAGGUUGAGCAAAGACCUCUGGGCAAGCAGCCCGGCAAGGAGCACCUCGAGCUGCCUCCUGUUGUCGUUGCCCGUUACGGAAACGAUCCCAACAAGCGGACCAUCCUGGUCUAUGGUCACUACGAUGUGCAGCCGGCUCUGAAGGAGGAUGGCUGGGCCACCGAGCCUUUCGAGCUGACCAUUGAUGAUAAGGAUCGCAUGUAUGGACGUGGUUCCACUGAUGACAAGGGUCCCGUUCUCGGCUGGCUCAACGUUAUCGAAGCUCACAAGAAGGCCGGCGUUGAUUUCCCCGUUAACCUGCUCUGCUGCUUCGAGGGAAUGGAGGAGUACGGCUCCGAGGGUCUGGACGAUUUCAUCCAGGCUGAGAGCAAGAAGUACUUCAAGGAUGCCGAUGCUGUCUGCAUUUCUGAUAACUACUGGCUCGGCACUGAGAAGCCUUGCCUGACUUACGGUCUUCGCGGCUGCAACUACUACUCCAUCAGCAUCUCGGGCCCUGCCCAAGAUCUCCACAGUGGUGUCUUCGGUGGAUCUGCCCACGAGCCCAUGACUGACCUUGUGAAUGUUCUGUCCAAGCUGGUUGAUGCUCAGGGUAACAUUCUCAUCCCCGGCAUUGCGGAGCUUGUCGCCCCCGUCACUGAGGAGGAGAAGUCUCUUUAUCCCGACAUCAGCUACACCAUGGAUAACCUUCACGAAUCUCUGGGUGCCGAGACCGGUAUCCACGCAACAAAGGAGCGCACCCUCAUGGCCCGUUGGAGGUUCCCUUCCCUGUCCAUCCACGGUGUCGAGGGUGCUUACUCUGCCCCCGGUGCCAAGACCGUCAUCCCAGCCAAGGUUAUUGGCAAGUUCUCCAUCCGAACUGUGCCUAACAUGGAGAGCGCCGAUGUGAACAAGCUGGUCUUCGACUACAUCAAGGCUGAAUUCGCCAAACUUAACAGCAAGAACACUCUCGAUGUUUGGCUGCAGCACGACGGCAAGUGGUGGGUUGCCAGCCCUAAGCACGGCAACUUCAGCGCUGCCAGCAAGGCUGUGAAGCAAGUCUUUGGCGUCGACCCCGAUAUGACCCGCGAGGGUGGAAGUAUUCCCGUGACUUUGACCUUCGAGCAAGCCACCGGAAAGAAUGUUCUCCUUCUUCCCAUGGGCAGCUCCACCGACGCUGCUCACUCCGUCAACGAGAAGCUUGACCGCAGGAACUACAUUGAGGGAACCAAGCUGCUCGGCGCUUAUCUGCACUACGUCGCCGAGGAGCCCACCCUAUAA